GUCUUGUCGUUGCUGCCGUUGGCUAAACUCAGGCGAGCCAAGAUGGCAGAAUACCUGGCAUCCAUUUUUGGGACAGAAAAGGAUAAGGUCAACUGUUCUUUUUAUUUCAAAAUUGGUGCCUGCCGACAUGGCGACCGCUGUUCCAGAUUACACAACAAGCCGACAUUCAGCCAGACAAUUGCCCUUCUGAAUAUUUACCGUAACCCUCAAAACAGUGCCCAGUCUGCUGAUGGUCUGACUUGUGCCAUCAGUGAUAUGGAGAUGCAGGAGCACUAUGACGAGUUUUUUGAGGAGGUUUUCACAGAGAUGGAAGAAAAGUACGGAGAGGUGGAGGAAAUGAAUGUGUGUGACAACCUCGGAGACCAUCUAGUAGGAAAUGUGUACGUGAAGUUCCGUUAUGAAGAGGACGCAGAGAAGGCUGUGAUAGAUCUGAAUAAUCGAUGGUUUAAUGGACAGCCCAUCCAUGCAGAACUCUCUCCUGUCACUGACUUCAGAGAAGCCUGCUGUCGUCAGUAUGAAAUGGGGGAAUGCACUCGUGGUGGCUUCUGCAACUUCAUGCACCUGAAACCCAUCUCACGUGAACUGAGGAGAGAGCUGUAUGGACGCAGGAGGAAGGGCCGCCACAGAUCUCGGUCACGAUCAAGAGAGAGGCGGUCUCGCUCCAGAGACAGAGGUCGAGGAGGUGGCCGUGACCAUGAGAGACGUCGCUCAAGAGACAGAGAACGUUCAGGACGAUUCUGAACCACAAGCCAUAACUACUCAUCCCUCAUACCCGCAUCCAUCCCUGGUCUUUUUUAAGUUUAUACUCUCUGAGAUUUAUUAUAGGACUGAUAGAAAAGUACCUGUAACCUGAUGGAGAAGCUGUGUCGGCAUUGAUGAAUCUGUUUUUCUUGUUUUCUGAAAAUGACUUUCACCUCAUUAAAUUGAACAUUUUUAAUGAA